AAAACCUGUAACCUGACAGACAUGUCACUUUACAAAUCACUUCACAGUCAUGAUGCGAGGUAGCUCAUCAUUCUCCAGAGAGAAUAUUCACUAAACAUCGGACUUUUGAUAAUAUCUCUACAAACUUCAGAAAUGAUCCGAAUCAACAACACCCAAUACUUCCACUUCCUGCAGCAGGCAGAUGCCUUGCGUCGCUCGGGGUCGCUCUGCGAUGCCAUCAUCUCGGUAAAGAGUCAAACUUUCAGGGCUCAUCGGCUAGUGCUGGCUUGUGCAAGCAGGAGACUAGCGCAGCUUUUAGCCCAGGCAGACAUAGACAGCCCGGUCCACUGCACUCUGGAGUAUUUCUCACCCCGCACCUUCCAGCAAGUUCUGGACUUCACCUACACGCAGAAUCUUGAAGUGUCUGCGGACGAUUUGCACCUGCUGCUGAGAGCCGCUCAGCAGCUGGAGAUGCAGCCGCUGGAGGACCAGUGCCGGAAGCAGCUGGACAAUGUCCACUACAGAGCCAGAGAGGAGGUCAAAAGGAGAGAAAUUAAAGAAGAAAGUGCAGAGGAGAACGAUGGAAAGCAAAACGGAAGUCCAGUUCAAGAGGAGAAACUCCCUGAGACUUCAUCCCUAGUGGAGGAGGCAAGCGACUGCAUUGUCAUAGAAAACCUCUCGUCCUCUGAUCCCGAUAAGAACCCCAACAGUCCGCCAUCCCCAAGAAAGAAGCCCAAACUCCCCCCUGUGUCAGCAGCAUCCUAUAACAGACACAGUGUUAUCACCAGGCCUGACAGCAGCACUUCCUCUCUCUCUUCUUCCUGGACUUUGCCUGCAAACAUGUGGGGCUCUGUGAGCACCCUGAGGCGUUUUGCAGAGAACUAUUCCAGCUUAAUGGCAGCUCACCCCCAUCAGUCCCCAAACCAGGCCUCUGUAGCGUACCCGUUCUCCCUCUCAACCCCUCACGUGUUCCCCCUACUCGGCUCUCAUUUUCAAACCCCCGUUCACAGCUCUGUAAUGGGAUUCCCAGGCUUUUAUCCACGUUACACACAAAACCUUUACGCCGGGUCUACAGGGAUGGGGAACAUAAUCAAGCAAGGUCUGUUGAGAAGAAAAAAACCCAGCCAGAGAGGGACUGUUCAAACCAGCGAGCUGAGUAACCAUGAGGUACCCAAAGCCAGCAGAGAGAGAGUUAAAGACUGCAAACACUGCAGUGCAAGCCUCCUUGGUGAUCCAGCCUCAACACCACCAGGUAAUGCCUGCACAGGGUGUCGAUUCUGUGGAAGAGGAGAUGUCGUGCAGCAUGAACCACAAUCCCAUCACCGAGAACACAGAGGAGAAAAACCCUACCAGUGCCGACACUGUCCCAAGAGGUUUAGCCUUAAACAUCAACUGGACACGCACCACCGAGUUCACACCGGGGAGAAACCCUUCGAGUGUCGUCUCUGCGGUCAGCGCUCACGGGACUACUCGGCCAUGAUCAAGCACCUGCGGACUCACGGCGGGGCCACGCCAUACCAGUGCACAGUGUGCCUGGAGUUCUGCAACAGCCUGGUCGCCAUGCAGAGACACGUCAAGAGCCACGCCGUGCAGGACUUCCCUCCCGACUGGAGCAUCAACAGCACCUUCCUGUACAACUCGCACAUCUAAGCCUCACAACACAGACACCGCUGUCUACACGAAGUUCUCAUACGUGUACCUUUAGUUUGUGCCUCUCAUGUACUGUCAUUUGAAUAACAGAGCUAAGCAUUUUGUUUUUCUGAAGGAUAAAUCCCAGGUGAUGUUUGACGAACCAAGAAGGUCCUUUAACAAGAGAAGCACAAACUGGGGCUUUUACUUAUUGCAAUAACUUCUAUGCAAACUGAAACUGCUCCAUAUUCACAUUUAUAACCUGAAUGCAGCACUAAUUUCCAAUGACAUGUCAGAAAAUAUACUGAAAGUGUUUACCAUUUUCCAUUAGGUCAUGUACGUGCAUUAAAGCCACAUCAACAGCUCGCCCUCGUCAAAUGACGCAGGCACCUUCCCUCUUACUUUCAUAAUUAUUGGACCGCUUGUGUAAACUUUGUAAGUUUGACCUAUGAGUUUAUGGCGCCCUCAUGAGGGGAAACCACUGUAACAAUCAGUUUUUCAUUUCUGUAGGUGUUCACAAAUGCAUCACCGUGUCAAAAUGGGACCAGUGGCUGAGAUAUUGUUUGCACAUGAGGUGCACCAUGCUCAUUAAAACUGUCCUGGUUCAUUGAGAUGAGAAUAACUGAGCUUUUGCAGGUAGUAAUGUCUGUUUAGUGACAAACAAUAGUCCAUUAUUUUAUUAUUUCUUUUUAUUCCACCGUAGAUUUUCUGCAUUGUCUGUCACUGAUGCUGCCUAAUUCACUAGUUGCAGUUCAAAGGCACUUGCCAUACCUCUCUAAAAGCACCACACAAGUUAUAUGACUGUGAAGUUAUCCCAGAAGUCCUCAUAUACAUGUAUUCAUAUAUGUAUGCAGUAUGGAACUUGCAGGCUUUCGGGCCACUGGAAGUUUUUUUGUACAACGUUAUCUUAAUGUGAAAAUAAAUUAAUGUAUCACUCAUUUUUCAUUUAUAGGCUUUAAUGAAUAUAUGCCAUGUUUAAGACUACUUAUGCUUCAAAAUAAACAAGUUUAUGCACAACCGCUUUUUUGGC